GUAAAAGAAUAGGAAAACGAGAAGUACCAGACUCAUAUUUGUAACACCCUAAAACAGCAUCCGUUUCUCGUUCGAUGCUGGCAACAAAAACCCUAAUUUAAUCCUCAUCGAUUCACGAUGUGCCGCAACUCCUGAUCCCUUCGCCAUUCCGGCUAAUCUUUUCUCUGAUGCAUGUGUGGAAUCGGAGAAAAUCGUACUUUCCCGAAGAAAACCCUAGAAUUUUCUCAUCAUUUCCCUCUAAACCAAUAACAACAGUAGCAAAAACGGCAUGGCCAUAUCCAAUGAACUAGCGCAAAAGCAACUGCCGUCAAUAUCGGAACGGUUCAAGGCUUUAUUGAAGCAACGGGAAGAUGAACUCAGGGUUUCCGGAUGUGUUGCUGAUGACGAUUUAGGGGCAACGCUGACUACGGAGGAGAUUGUUCAGCUUUACGAGAUUGUGUUAUCGGAACUUACUUUUAAUUCAAAGCCGAUAAUUACUGAUCUCACGAUCAUUGCUGGUGAACAGCGAGAGCACGGCGAAGGCAUUGCCGAUGCUAUUUGCGCCCGAAUUAUUGAGGUUCCAGUAGAGCAGAAACUUCCUUCUUUAUAUCUAUUAGAUAGCAUUGUGAAAAACAUUGGCCGAGAAUAUGUUAGGUAUUUCUCUUCCCGUUUGCCAGAGGUAUUUUGUGAGGCAUACAGGCAAGUUAAUCCUAACAUGCAUCCUGCAAUGCGUCAUUUAUUUGGCACGUGGUGUACAGUGUUUCCGCCUUCUGUCCUCCGUGAAAUCGAGACGCAGUUACAAUUUUCUCAACUGGCAGGCCAAAAAUCGUCUACUGUAACUUCCCUGCAGACUUCCGAAUCGCCUCGUCCAACACAUGGCAUACAUGUUAAUCCUAAGUACUUGCGGCAGUUGGAACAACAGUCAGGUGCAGAUAGUAAUACUCAGCAUGUAAGAGGCAUGUCUUCCAGUCAAAAAUUGUAUGGUCAAAAACAUAACAUUGGAUACGAUGAAUUUGAUUCUGAUCAUACCGAGGUUCCAUCCUCACAUAUUGGUGUGCAAAGAUUGAGCUCAACUGGAAAUGUUGGGCGUACUUCUGUUGCAAUAGGCGCUAACAAGCCACAACUUUCUUCAGCUUCCAGAGUUUCAAGACCCUUCUCAUCAUCGACGACUGGAUCUGAUAGACUUAUAUCAUCAGAAGUUGAUGAUCUGCCAUCAGAUGAUUCUCCUAGAAGGUUUGCUGAGAUAGCAUCUCCAUCUCGGCCUGGCUUUGAUUUUGGAUGUAGAAGAGGAACCAUCAGAGAUGAUGAAACAAGAGAGUGGCAGAAGAAGCACAUGUAUGGAGAUUACCGUAAUUCUUCCGAAAGUUCUUUGAAUGCAUACAAGCUUAGUAAUGGAAAUGAGCGCCAAACACUCAGGGCUUUAAUAGAUGCAUAUGGUAAUGAUAGAGGACAAGGAAGGUCUAACAAGAAGCCUGUACAGGUUGAGCGGCUGGAUGUAAAUGGAUUGGGAAAUAAGGUGGCUCCAAGAUCAUGGCAGAAUACUGAAGAUGAAGAAUUUGAUUGGGAAGAUAUGAGCCCAACAUUAGCAGAUCGAAGGAGCAAUGAAUUUUCAGUGUCAUCUGUUCCAGCUUUUGGAAGCAUUGGAGCAAGACCUGCCGGAGUAGAAUCUAAUAGUAGGAGCAGUCGCACCCUUGUUGAUGAUUCUUCAGCAAUUCCUGAAGAUGCAGUUUCUUCCCUGAGUUCUGGUCGUGGAUUAAAUCAGAUUCAAUAUUCGCGUUGUCCUCAGGAUGCUUGGAGUUCCUCGUACUCUUUUUCCCAGUCAUCACAUCCCCUUCAUGCCAAAGGAAGAGGAAGGGAUUUCCAAAUGCCCUUUUCAGCUCGUGGUAUAUCCUCCUUACGUGGGGACAGCAUUGUCUCUCCUGCUCUUGUGCCAAGAUCUGCUUCUUCUAGCCUUGACACUGUUACUGUUGGAGCCCAGCCGACCAUUUUACCAAUGACAACUGGGGUUUGGCCUCCAGUAGAUGUUCAUAAAUCUCAGCCACCGACUGUGCACUCUAACUCUUCAUUGCAGCAGCAUGGUAGGAGUCAUUUUGAUUCACCGAAUCCUAUCAAUCCUGUCAUGAAUCAGGGUCAAAACAAACAUCCAUAUAUGCCUGAACAGUUUGAUGGUCUUGAAAGCAAAGAUCAAAGCUUGAUAACGGCAACACAAGUUCCUGGACAACGUUCUGCAUUGCAACAACAACGAAACUCAUUGCAUGGUACUUUGCACCCACACUUUCCUCGUGAUGUUCGUGAUGGUUUCCUUUCAUCUGCAACUGGACCUUUACCUCCUCGCUUAUUGGCACCAUCCUUGAAUCAUGGUCACGCUCCCCAAAUGCGUGGUGCUGUUAUCAGUAUGGUCCCAUCUAACCCAAUGCUUGUUGCUCAGCCUCCUUUAUCGAUCCCAAAUAUGCCCCCUGGCUCGUUACAUUUUCAGGGGGGAGCCAUGCCACCUCUCCCUCGUGGUCGUCCUCCGGCAUCUCAAAUGAUGCCUGCCUCUCAAAAUGCAGGUCCACUGCUUCCUAACCAACCUCAGGGUGGUGCAUUUACUGGUUUGAUUAGUUCCCUCAUGGCUCAAGGUUUGAUUUCAUUGACGAAUCCAACUCCCGUACAGGAUUCUGUGGGCCUUGAGUUUGAUGCAGACCUCCUCAAGGUGCGACAUGAGUCUUCUAUAAGUUCUUUAUAUGCUGAUCUUCCAAGGCAGUGCACAACAUGUGGCCUUCGGUUCAAGUUCCAAGAGGAGCAUAGCACUCAUAUGGAUUGGCAUGUGACAAGAAAUCGGAUGUCUAAGAACCAGAAGCAGAAACCUUCCCGGAAGUGGUUUGUGAGUGGUAGUAUGUGGCUUAGUGGUGCGGAAGCGUUGGGAACUAAUUCAGUUCCUGGGUUUUUCCCUACUGAGGACAUUGUAGAAAAGAAGGAUGAUGAAGAAUUGGCAGUUCCUGCUGAUGAAGAUCAGAGCAUAUGUGCUUUAUGUGGUGAGCCUUUUGAUGAUUUUUAUAGUGAUGAAACAGAGGAGUGGAUGUAUAGGGGGGCUGUCUACAUGAAUGCACCCAAUGGAUCAGUGGAAGGCAUUGAUAGAUCACAGUUAGGUCCCAUAGUGCAUGCUAAAUGCAGGUCAGAAUCUAGUGUGGUUCCUCCUGAAGAUUUUGUAGGAUAUGAUGGGGGAAAUCCUGAGGACAAUACUCAAAGAAAAAGAUUGCGGAGUUAAUCUUAGUAGAUUGGCGUCUAAGCUUGUAUAACUUGGUUUGAGUUUCAUGUUAGUGGUAUGCUUUUUCUAGGUUUUAUGUUAAUGCUGGUCCAUGUAGUAGCUUGGCUACAUGCCAAAACCUUGUACGUGUAUAGUUGAACUUGUACCAUGCACAUUAUCUUGCGGCAAAAGAGGUUAUAGAUUCCCUCGGAGCCUAAAUUUUGUUGCAUUCUCCUUGUUUCUUUCCUGCAAAAACAUCCAGAGGAACAUUUUAAA